AUGCAGGCGCGUGCGGGCGCGCCGGGGCCAGCCGAUACAUCUGGUGCUGGUGCGGGGAGGGGGAGACGGACGCGAUUGAGUAUCAAUAAUCAUAUGAUUGAUGAAGGUGAUCGUCAGCAGGUGAAUAGGGGGGAGAAGAAGAAGAGGAAAGCAGGAUCUUUUCAUGAGGAUGUUGGGGGUUUCCAGUUUACGCGCAUUGCGACCAAGAAGCCGCGACCGUCUGUAGAUGCUAUUCCUGAAGUUCAGGGGGAUGCAGAUUCAGCUACGGCUACAGCUACGGUGCCUGAAAAUACGGCUCUGCAGCAGCAGAAGAAGUCGCCGAGGAGGGGAAGGCCGCCGAAGAAACGGGCGGAGACGAACGUGGGUACGAUGAAUAAAGGUGCAGCCGUGGAGACGGAAGCGACGACAACAAUGGCCAUGUCUACAGCUGAAACAACCGGGAGGAGAAUGCGACGGAGCUCAAAUAUGGCAUCAUCAUCAACAGCGGCGGCGGCGGCUGUACCCGAAACACGGUUUGAACGGGGGAGUCCACUACGGUCAACGCGAUCAGCCACGCGAAAACAUGAGCAUUCACCUCCGCCAGCAGAUCUUCCACCGGUAGAAAAAAAGCGCAAGAAAGGUCGGCCGGCCAAGGCUAAAGCUGGAGGGGUACAAGAAAAGGCAGAAGAAAGGAAUGGAUUUCGGUCGCCUGAUGUGCAGACGAUUGGUACAUCGAAGAUUGCGCUGCCGAUGGCCGAUACUCCUGUUAUACAGCGAAAUAAGGAGAUACGAGAGGGAAAGUCGGGAAAGGCCCCAAAGAGGCGAAGUAGUUUAGGGAUGAGAGGGAGACGGGCGAGUUCUCUGAUUGAUUCGGGUGUCUCGAACGCCUUGCCUCAUAAGGAAGUGGAUACGGCGGAUUUCUACAAACACAUCGCAAGUGACGGUUUAUCGGAGCCGCGGAGAAUGCGACAACUUCUGAUCUGGUGCGCCACGCGAGCAUUGGGGGAGAAAUCUUCCGGGUCACGAUCAGAGGAUGAAAGCGCUCGAUUAGCAGCGCGCGUGAUUCAAGAAGAACUACUCAAGGACUUUGCGAAUAAUUCAGAGCUCUCCGACUGGUUUGGGAGAGAAGAUGCGAAUCCGCCGUCCGUUGUCGUGAGGAAACCGAAUCCGAAGAAUGUGCAGAAUGCAGAGAAGAUCAAGGAAUUAGAGGAACAGAUACAACGAUUACAAAGAGAGAGACAUGCUCUGAACGCUCUCCUCAAACAACCGUCCAUCCCACGCAUCAAAUCUUUGUCAUCAAAACGAGAAAAGCCAUCAGAAGCUCCAUUGAGCGAUCAAACAUCACAACCUACACCGAUCUCGACAGAACCCUCCCCAGAACCCCAGUCCAUCGACAAGUCCCUGCUAGACCCAUCACAGCAAGCCAUUCUCGAAUUUCUAGAUCCCUCGAAAACCUCUCAACCUGAACAGUCGAUGAAACAAGAACACAAACAUGAAGAACAGGAAAACGCCCCCUCUUCAACAACAACCCAUCACCAUAUCCCGCCACUAAUCCCUUCAGAAAUCUCCUCACGUCUCUCCCAUAUCCGAACACGCCUAACACCAACAAUCGACUCCUUUGCCGCCGGGAUCCACGACGUAGAGCUCUACCGUUCCACAGCAGAUAAAGUAUCUUCUCGAGUCCUCCGCAUCUGCUCCCAGCGUCUGGAGGAGCGUGAUGCGCGGAACGCCCUGCGCAGGCUCACCAUCGCCAGUGACCAAGAUACUGAACAAGGGGGUACAGCCAAAUCCAUGCAGCCUGGGCAAGUACCAAGGGAAGACCUUGGGAUUAUUCUGAGUGCAUUGAGUCGUGUUGAGCGAUGA